AGCGACUAGGAACUAGGGACUAGGAACUCAAGACUUAGGACUUGGACUAGGAAGAGAGACUGAAGAAUAAAUGGGAUUGAAUCACACUCUGUCUGGUCUCCAUUCUUCAAGUCCAUCCUCAUUCUCUCUUUUGCUAAACCCUGACCUGCGGACCGGAGCUGCUUAGGGCAGUGCAGGCUAACAAGUUAGUCCCCAAGGCUUUUGGCAGUGCGGGUCCCAACAUUGAAAGAACGGUCCAAGACAUUUUGGCCCCCAAACGUGGGGUAGUGCAGUUCUCAACAUUUCUGGCCCCCAGGUGUGGGGCAGCUUGGGCUGCAACAGGAAUUAAACAAGACCAUCCAACAUCUAAAAAAUGAAAAUAGAAACAAUUAAGAAAUCACAAAAGGAGACAACCCUGGAGAUAGAAAACCUAAGAUAGAGAUCAGGAGUCACCAACAGAAUACAAGAGAUAGAAGAUAGAAUCUCAGGUGCAGAAGAUACCAUGGAAAACAUUGACACAACUGUCAAAGAAAAUGCAAAAUGCAAAAAGCUCCUAACCCAAAAUAUCCAGAAAAUUCAGGACACAAAGGAAAGACCAAACUUAAGAAUAAUAGAUAUAGAGGAGAGUGAAGAUUCCCAACUCAAAGGGCAAGUAAACAUCUUCAACAAAAUUAUGGAAGAAAACUUGACCUAACCUGAAGAAAGUGAUGCACAUAAAGAUACAAGAAGCCUACAGAACCCUAAUAAUCAAAAUGUCUAAUGCUCAAAACAAAGAAAGAAUAUUAAAAGUGGUAAGGGAAAAAGGUCAAGUAACAAGUAAAGGCAGACCUUUCCACAAAUCCAGUCCUACAAAGGAUAAUAGAUGGAAAACUCCAUACCCAAGAAAAAUCAAGAACUUAAUCUUUCAACAAACCCAAAAGAAGAUAGCCACACAAUCAUAAAAAUAACAUCAAAAUUAACAUGAAGCAACAACCAAUUUUCCUUAAUAUCUCUUAACAUCAAUGGACCCAAUUCCCCAAUAAAAAGACAUAGACUAAUGGACUGGAUAUGUAAACAGGAGCCAGCAAUUUGCUGCAUACAGGAAAUGCACCUCAAUGACAAAGACAGACACUACCUCAGAGUAAAGGGCUGGAAAACAAUUUUCCAAGCAAACGGUCCCAAGAAACAAGCUGGAGUAGCCAUUCUAAUAUAGAAUAAAAUUAACUUUCAACCAAAAGUUAUCAAAAAGAUAAGGAAGGACACUUCAUACUCAUCAAAGGAAAAAUCUACCAAGAAGAACUCUCAAUUCUGAACAUCUGUGCUUCAAAUGCAAGGGCACCCACAUUCAUAAAAGAAACUUUACUAAAGCUCAAAGCACACAUUGCACCUCACACAAUAAUAGUGGGGGACUUCAACACCCCUCUUUCAGCGAUGGACAGAUCAUGGAAGCAGAGACACAGUGAAACUAGCAUAAGUUAUGGACAAAAUGGAUUUAAGAAAUAGAACUGUCUUGAUCAGGAGUAACCUCCCUCUUAACCUGCUGGUUUCUGCCCACCACUGCCCAAGUUGCCAUCGAACCCUUACCUCCCCAAGUGGUUGAAGGAGAAAAUGUUCUUCUACGUGUUAACAAUCUGCCAGAGAAUCUUCUAGCCUUUGUCUGGUAUAGAGGGGUGACAAAUAUGAGUCUCGGAAUUGCACUGUAUUCACUGACCUACAGCGUAACUGUGACGGGGCCCAUGCACAGCGAUAGAGAGACGUUGUACAGCAAUGGAUCCCUGUGGAUCCACAAUGUCACCCAGAAGGACACAGGAUUCUACACUUUUCGAACCAUAAGUAAACGUGGAGAAAUUGUAUCAAAUACAACAGUGCAUCUUCAAGUGUACUUCUCCAGUUUGACCUGUGGACGCCCUCCCACCUCUGCUCAUCUCAGUAUUGAAUCAGUGCCUCCCAGCGUUGCCAAAGGAGAAAGCGUUCUUCUCCUUGUUCACAACCUUCCAGAGAAUCUUCGAUCUAUUUUCUGGUACAAAGGGGCGAUUGUGUUCAAGAAUCAUGAGGUUGCAAGAUAUGUAAUAGCCAAGAAUUCAAGUGUGCUGGGCCCUGCUCACAGCGGUAGAGAGACAAUGUAUAGGAAUGGAUCCCUCCUGCUUCAGAACGUCACUUGGAAUGAUGCUGGAUUCUACACCCUACGAACUCUGAGUAAAGAUCUGAAAGCUGAAGUAGCUCAUGUGCAACUCCAGGUGGACACUUGUCUUUUGAUCUAUGCACGCCCUCCCACCUCUGCCCACCUCACUGUUGAAUCAGUGCCAUCUAGUGUUGCUGAAGGGGCAAGCGUUCUUCUCCUUGUUCACAAUCUUCCAGAGAAUCUUCAAGGCAUUUUCUGGUACAAAGGGGUGAUUGUGUUCAAGGACCUUGAGGUUGCACGAUAUGUAAUAGCCAAGAAUUCAAGUGUGCCGGGCCCUGCUCACAGCAGUAGAGAGACAGUGUACAGCAACGGAUCCCUCCUGCUUCAGAAUGUCACUUGGAAAGAUGCUGGAUUCUACACCCUACGAACUCUGAGUACAGAUCUGAGAGCUAAAGUCACACAUGUACAACUCCAGGUAGAUGCCUCCCUUUCCACGUGCUGUGACCCUCUCAACCCUGCCCCACUCACAAUCCAUCCAAUGCCACCUCAUGCUGCUAAAGGGGAAAGUGUUCUUCUCCAAGUUCACAAUCUGCCAGAAGAUCUGCGGAUGUUUUCCUGGUUCAGAUCUGUAUAUAGCACCCAGAUCUUUAAAAUAGCAGAGUAUAGCAGAAUCUUGAAUUCCGUCACCAGGGGGCCUGCACACAGCGGAAGAGAGACAGUGUACACCAACGGAUCCCUGCUGCUCCAGGAUGUCACUGAGAAAGACACAGGCGUGUACACACUACAAAUGAUAGACAGAAAUUUCAAAAUUGAAACAGCACAUGUGAAAAUCCAGAUAAAUCCCUGUGUUCACCCUUCCACCACGGGCCAGCUCGUUAUUGAGUCUGUGCCACCCAGUGUUGUUGAAGGAAGCGACCUUCUCCUACUUGCUCAUAAUAUGCCAGAGAACCUUCGAUCCUUUUCCUGGUACAAAGGUGUAGCCAUUGUCAGCAGACAUGAAAUUUCACGGAACAUAAUAACCAGUAAUAGAAGCAUGUUGGGGCCUGCACACAGUGGUAGAGAGACAGUGUAUCCCAACGGAUCUCUUCUGCUCCACAAUGUCACCCAGAAGGAUGCUGGAUUAUACACUUUACUAACCUUAAACCGACAGUUUGAAACUCAAGGAAUACAUGUGCACCUCCACAUAUACAAGCCUGUGACACAGCCCUUUAUCCGAGUCACUGAUGCCACAGUCAGAGUGCAGAGCUCUGUGGUCCUUACUUGCCUCUCAGCAGACACUGGAACCUCCACCCAGUGGCUCUUCAACAACCGGAAUCUGCGGCUUACAAAGAGGAUGACACUGUCUCCGUCAAAGUGCCAACUCAGCAUAGAUCCUGUCAGAAGGGAGGAUGCUGGAGAGUAUCGAUGUGAGGUCUCCAACCCAGUCAGUUCGAAGACCAGUCUCCCAGUCAGCCUGGCCGUGGUGAUUGAGUGAACCCUUCUCCCAUCCUACUGCAGAGUGAGGACAUUUCUUUAUCAAUUGGUACAAAUGGAGUAAAGUUAUGUGGUAAAAAUUGUAAGUUACUACUAGGUACAGCCAGCAUGUGGACUCAUGUUUGUAUUCCUGGGAUAAACAUGUGCAAGGACAGGCCAGGAUAUAGAGUCUCAGUUUCCAAAGAGAGAAGACAUCAAUUUAAUGAUCAAUAUUGCAGCAGUGUUAAGAGCCUGGGUUAUGGAUCAGAUACAUAACCAAUCCUCAGAAUCCAUAAGAACUAAUUUCUGGAGCCUCCAAUGUUCUAGAUGCUCCAAGUCCCCUGUUAACAUGGUGCAGUGUCUUCAUAGAGAUAAAUGCAUCUUUCAUAUGCUUAAAUAUAUUCAAUGUAUAAGUGAUU